AUGCCUGGAGAUGGAACGAAACUUAACAAGAAGAAGGAGGAACAAUCCAAACUAACUUUCGGCAAAAGUACAAACGAAGAGAGCAGCCAUCUUGUCGACCACGAGGUAGAGGCCAUGUCGGAGCCGGAGUUGGUAUCCAAUGCAGAUUUGAAGAAAAUUGUUGAAAAUGGGUUUAAAGAGGUUGCAGUUCUGAAAGCCAGUGUCGAGAAAAUACGAGUCACAAUAGCGUUUAGGAAAGUCUUAACUAUGAAUGCCGAGUUGAGAAAAUGGCUGACACUGGUAUGCGUAGUCUCCUUGGUAACCACGGCUAUGGAUUUCAUUCUGCUUCACGACGGAUACAACGCAAUUUUCACGAUUAUGCGACCAUUAAAGGGUACGUCACAUUUGCAACAGCUGUACGGGAAAGAAGCGAGACUUGAUAAAAUACUUAAUAGCAAAAAUAUGAAACGUCGAAAAAAUGUUUAUGUUAUAUUAUUUUCACGAUUUCGCACAGGGUCAUCGUUCACAGGUCAAUUAUUCAACCAAAACCCAAAUAUAUUUUAUUAUUUCGAACCACUGCACGCGUCGGUAGAUGGCACCAAUGGAGUACAAUUAUUAAACAAGUUGUUACAGUGUCGCUUUCCACCGAAAUAUGCAACAGAACUACGACGGUGGAAAAUAGCAGUUGCCUAUAGUAAAGCUAUCCAAAACGUUUGUCGAAAGUACAACCAGUGUUCCAUGGUUCCACCUGUCGUUCUUUCAAAGGAAUGUGCUAAACGUCAAAGUAUAGCAGCAAAGAUAAUCCGGGCAUCCUCUCUUCGAGAACUCGAGUCAUUGUUAGACUCGUAUGGAACGUCCAUUAAACUUAUCCACCUCGUUCGUGACCCUCGUGGAGUUGUGAAUUCCAGAUAUGUUUUUCCCGUGGUCAACAAAACACACGUUACUCGAAUACACAAUGGAAUAACGGAUAAUAUACGCGAAUAUUGCGAGUGGAUGACAAACAACAGCGACUAUGUCGAUGCAUCUAAUCUGUGGACCUCAAAUAACUACAAAUUAGUACGGUACGAGGACAUAGCCUCGAACCCAAUCAAGAUGGCCGUGGAGUUGUACAGGUUUGUCGGAAUACCGUUGCACAAAAAAGUGCUUGAGUGGAUAAACUUUAAUACAAGACAAAGUAAUCCUACCAUUGAUAAUAAUAUGUCAACAACCAAAAAUUCCACAGCGGUUGCGCAAUCAUGGAGAAGUACUCUUCAUCUUGUUGAUGUACAGCACGUACAAGCGGUUUGUUUUGACGCGAUGGACAUGUUCGGUUAUACAAUGGUUUGGAACAAUGUGGAGUUGUUAAAUAUGACACAGCCACUCUGGUGA